AGAGAGAGAGAGAGAGAGAGAGAGAGCAGGCCGCCGCAAUUAAGGGUGUUAAUCCUCGUACAAAGAUCGGAAGUAACCGCCACUUUUUAUUUUUUUCCAUGUCGUUUGCGCGACAGUAACGUUCGACCGGAUUUCUACGAUCUUUAUCUAUCACACAUCCGAAGGAUACUCUCUGGACAGGGCUUAGGAAGGAUACGGGGAAGGUGUUGCUGGAACGAUUGAGUGAUUGUCGUUUCUCCUCCAGUUGUGUGCGUGUAACGCGAACGUCUUCGACGUGUCUCUCCCUUCAACGCGACGUUACAAACGGAAACCUGGCUGUGCGACGUGUACGACCGCAAGUGUUGUUCACCGUGGUCUGUUCGUCAACUGGAAGAUGUCAAUAGAUUGAAGCGAGUACGCAGUUGUGUAAAUUAUAUACGGUAUACGCGAGGCACGGUAGCACACACACACACACACACACACACAGACGCGCGCGCGCGCGCAUCGGUAUAUCCGACUGUAAAGCGGGAACACACGUUUUAUGACUUGUAUCGUCGAAUCGAGUGACACAGGACUGCCCGACAUCCGUUACAGAUCGCGGAGGGUGAAGCUGACACAUGCUCUGCCAACUGCGAGGAAGAUACCGUCACUUUGUCGAUUUAUACGAUGCGAUGAGGCGUGUUCAGCUGUUGUGCAUCGCGAGCGACGUGACGAUCAUUCGUGUGUUUGUUGAAUCCUGAAGCACGUUGUUAUCGCUAAUUUGCCACUUAGUAGCCGCCCGUGCGAUGAUUUGUUCUUGAGUACCUCGUUCGGCCAAGAGAGAGGAUUAGAUUUUUCAACGGCUACUGGGCUGUCGCGGGCUUUUCUAAUUCACGGGGACGUAUUUCGCACGUAGAGAACAAGCAACCUGCAACCUGCAACUCUCACACACACACACACACACACACACACACGCACACUCGUAGCGGCACACUCGAAGACACAGACACACGGAAGCUCACCCAAGUCGACCACGUGGCCGUGAAGUGAGCGUCGACUGCGCCAAGAGUAGUAUACGGUAAACACACUCCAUAAGAAGCGGAAUUCGACAGGACCGAGCGUCGUUCUCAAGAGGAUCUCCCAGGAAUUCGCGACAGAAGCGCGAAACUGUUUCAGACCUUCGAAGACACACGUUCUGCCCCGAUAGCGACGAACAGCGUGAUCAGUGUUAACGGAACGCGGCGCUAGAACAGAUCUCGAGGCAGCAGACUCGAAGCAUCCAAACGGCUGGACUCAACUCGUCGGAAUACAUUCCCCUGCGCAAACAGCCGGCCUAGAGCAAGGACUGUGCGAUCUCCCGGCGACUCUUUCGAUUCGAGUCAACAACCCGCCGCGCGCACGUCAGCGUACGUCAGUCUCGUCGUCGCGACAACACGCACACGCAUACGCACGAACAUACACGCGCAGCCGAGAGAUAAGGUCGAAGUGAAGCGCUUCGGGAUUUUUCCGUCGAUCGUCAUCGUCUGAUCGGAGAAGAUUUGGCGCGGAUCAAGCGUCAGCGUUAGCCACGCGCAAGUCAGGAGUCAAUCACCCCGAGUAAACAGCAAGGUAGCAAAAUCCCGCCCGCAGGCAAUCGUUCGCUCAAAGAGGCCCAGGUUGAGGUCGUUCAGCCCGGCUCAACGAUCGGCGUCAACAGGACGUAUCAACAGGCCCCCCAACAAGGAGGGUGGGCGCAGUGGUGCAGUGGUUGCCGGAGAGCCAGCGAGCUUGGGGUGGCCUCGUCCACAGGCGCCUUGGCACCGAGCGCACCGGGCCCCGGGGCUGCGGUGGUGGGUUGCCUGGUUGGGGUGUACCCGUGUUCUCCCUCCUCCACGGGGCCCAGGGGCCCCCUAACUCAUCACCUCCAGGCUAUCCCGAAUCAGCAACAGCCGAUCGGCUGCCGUGCCUGUUGCUGCGUGCAUAGCAAUCACCAGCCAGCUUCGGUCCAGCUUACCAGUCAGCGGGGCGGUCUAUCGCUGAGGGUAGCGAGGGUGGCGUCCACCACCUCCGUCCGAGCCGCCCCCUACGCCCACCCCCAGCACCAGGGGCUGGGGCAGGAGUGCAGGUGUAGGGAGGAGACGGGGGCAUUGGGUGGAGGUGGUGCGCACAUCCUCGGCAGCCCGAUGCUGUUCGUCCCGUUCACGGUACCCACCUUCCCCGCGACGCAUCAUCAGACGACUCAUCCCGCGCAUCAGUCGCAUCAUCAACAGCUGCAGGCCAACACCCAGAAUCCGGUGCAGCAACCGCAGCAGCUCACCCAGCUGAAUCAGCUGAGCCAUCUGAAUCAUCAGGGCAUCGUGCCGGCAACGACCAAUCAGCCGACUAUACACAGCACCAGCUGUUCGCCGCAGCAACAAGCAACGACACCGAAUAAGGAGAUGAAAGUUAACUGGGCGACGUCGCCGGGUAACCAACCAAAGCAGGACACGAGCAAACACUAUCACAUAUUCGUCGGGGACCUGAGUCCGGAGAUCGAGACACAAACCCUGAGGGAAGCGUUCUCAGUCUUUGGGGAGAUCUCAGAUUGCAGAGUCGUGAGGGAUCCGCAGACCUUAAAGUCCAAGGGAUAUGGAUUCGUCUCGUUCGUCAAAAAGGCGGAGGCAGAGAGCGCCAUCGGCACCAUGAACGGCCAAUGGCUCGGUGGCAGAAGUAUCCGGACAAAUUGGGCCACUCGCAAACCACCCGCACCUAAGUCCGAAGCGAACGCGAAACCGCUGACGUUCGACGAAGUUUACAAUCAAAGUAGUCCGACUAAUUGCACGGUGUACUGCGGUGGAUUGACCAACGGUUUAACAGAGGAUCUCAUGCAAAAGACCUUCUCGCACUUCGGCACCAUCCAAGAAAUUCGAGUAUUUAAGGACAAAGGAUACGCUUUCAUCAGGUUUUCCACCAAGGAGUCGGCCACGCACGCCAUCGUGGCGGUACACAACACAGACAUCAACGGCCAAACGGUGAAGUGCAGUUGGGGCAAGGAGAGUGGAGAUCCUAAUAAUGCUCAACAAACUGGACAGGCGUUAUCGUCGGCGACGUACCCAUACUACGCGGCGGCGGCAGCUGCCGCCGCGGCGGCGGCGGGCGUCGCGGGUGUCGGAGGCGUCGGUGGCGUCGGCGGUGCCGGACAACUGGGAUACUGGUAUCCGCCCCAAUCUUAUCCUACGACAGCGACACAAAUGCAAGCUGGCGGCUUUCUUCAGGGCAUGCAGGGAUACACCUAUGGACAGUUCGCCGGAUAUCAACAGGCGCAAUAUAUGGGAAUGGGCAUGGGUGUCCACGCCGCUGGCACAGCGGCAGGAUGGGGCCAGGGAUUACCUGGGGGACCACAGUUACCACCACACCACGCCACGACGGUCACGGCACCCCCAGGGGUGCAAGCCGCACCCCCGCCACCACCGCCACCGGCACAAAUGAUGGCCUACCCGAUGCAACAGUUCCAGUGUGUUCUUGGUUGCGGUCCAGCUAGCGGAUGAGGACUGGCUGACGCCUAGCCUUCUAGUGUGAUGGUAAGCAAGUACACCCCACCAACAGGAACAACUUCUACAGCAACAACAGUUACCACCACCAUCACCUCCUCCUCCACUACUACCACCACCACCACCACCACUACCACCACCACCACCACCACCAUCACCACUACCACCACCACCAUCACCAACAACAACAACAACUACAACAACAACAUUUUCGUCAUCAUCGACGCCACCGCGACAGCAAAAGCAGUAAAACUCAUGCCACUUCCGGCUUGACAACGAGCGAGUCGAAAGACGGCGACCACGAAAACACUCGCUUAGUAAAAAGAAAAAAAGAGAAAAAAACCAAAAAAAAGGAAACGAAAAGGCAAAGUGAGAAAGAGAAAGAAAGAUAUAGCAAAUAAGAAUCAUAAUCCCUAGGUAAAGCCACCCCCUCGAAAGCAAGAUGCAUCCAACAUCCCUUCUCCCCGUAAAUUUGCACGUCCAAAAUGUAAGGGGGAAAAAAAGAGAUACAAGAGCCGCCACCGAUUAUUAAGCGGAGAUACCUCUCGUCCAGUCUUUAGGAUAAACUAGCAUCUCGCUCGGCUUGAAGAAAUAGAUAGCGUUCGCCGUAAACAGUAGUGCCCGAAGCUUCGAUACAAAAUACGCGAAAUCCGGCAUACGCGCGAAUUCGCCAUGUGACGGUCUGACGAGUGGUAUAUUUUUGUUUUCUUUUUUUUGCUGUCUGUAGCGAAAACGGCCAAUUACGCAUACUAUGUAUCGUCCAGCGAGUACACGAGCACAUGAGAAACACGAAUCCGCACAUGUUCAACGGGAUCCCCGGUUAUCAAUGUUACCCGUAUCAAUGUUUAUCAAUAAAUCCCCCGUAUCAAUGUUUAUCAAUAAAUACGCAUUUAACGAUGCGCAUAAAUUCGGACGAACCUGCGAAGAAACGGAAGAGCGUCGAUACAGACCGCCGGAUACCGACUCGUUACCCGGAUUCAUUAUUUUUGUAGUUUGGGCUUAACAGCGAAAAAAAAAAAGAAAUAAUAACUCAAAGACGUAAUGUC